CUCGACGACUAUUUUUUUGGCGUGAUUUUCGUUUAGUUUGUGAGAUCGUAUUCUUUAAUUUAAUCUGAACUUACGCACCUCGGUUAGUGUUGUAGGGAAUAAGUAGCAUCCGACGAUGGCAGACGAAGAGGAAAAGGGAUACAGAUGGGAAACAGAAUACGAAAAAACCUGGGAGGCCCUUAUCGAGGAUGACUCUGGGUCGCUGCAGGCCAGCGUGGAUGACAUCAUCCAGAAGGCCAAGAAGAGGAAGCUGCUGGAGAAGAUCGGCAACAUACGACUGGGGAUGAUGCGACAUCUUUUCUUGAUAAUUGACAUGUCCAACUCAAUGAAUGAUCAAGAUUUGAAACCAACAAGACUCUUUUCGUCCAUAAAGCUUUGUGAGAAAUUCAUCGAAGAAUACUUUGAUCAGAACCCGAUCAGCCAACUGGGCAUUCUCACCACAAGGAACAAGCGUGCAGAAAAACUUACAGAACUUGGAGGCAACCCAAGACGCCACAUCACAGCUCUACAAGGACUGGAAGAGAGAGCAUGUCAAGGAGAGCCGUCGUUACAGAACUCGAUGGAGCUGGCCAUGCAGACUCUGAAACACAUGCCAAGUCACGCUAGCCGGGAGGUUCUGGUUGUGUUAGGGAGUCUGUCCACGUGUGACCCAGGCGACAUUGACACCACAAUAAAGAACCUGGAGGAGUUGAACGUCCGCUGCUCUGUGAUAGGGCUGGCUGCUGAGGUCCGAGUGUGCAAGAAACUGUGUCACAAAACACACGGGAAGUACAAUGUGAUCCUGGAUGAGACUCACUUCAAGGAUCUGCUGUACCAACACGUAUCACCUCCUCCAGCGACGUCUAAUACAGAAUCUUCUUUGAUCAGAAUGGGCUUCCCCCACCACACACUGAACGCAGACCGAGACAGGGAGGAAAAGCCGUCCAUGUGCAUGUGCCAUGCUGAUGGAAAGUCUGGGAGCCAAGGUUUCAGUAACAGUGGUUACUUCUGUCCCCAGUGUAAAAGCAAGUACUGUGAGCUUCCUAUAGAGUGCAAGGCCUGCGGUUUGACGCUGGUGUCCGCUCCCCACCUCGCCCGGUCCUACCAUCACCUGUUUCCGCUGCCACCAUUCAAGGAAACUCCAGUCUCAGACUUGUCAGCCAAUCCAAAGUGCUAUUCUUGUCAAGUCCAAAUCACAGAACAACAUGUGUAUACCUGUGAGAGCUGCUGCCAGUUGUUUUGUCUUGACUGUGACCUGUUCAUCCACGAGACACUCCACUCCUGCCCUGGAUGCUCCAGCUUCAGGGGGACCCAGCUUCAGUCUCAAAUACCCAUGAUUACAUGAUGAAGAGAUGACUUCAGCUUUUCUCAAAUACCCAUGAUUACAUGAUGAAGAGAUCACUUCAGCUCAUCCCAAAUAACCAGGAUUACAUGAUGAAGAUAUCACUUCAGCUCAUCUCAAAUACCCAUGAUUACAUGAUGAAGACAUCACUUCAGCUCAUCCCAAAUACCCAUGAUUACAUGAUGAAGAGAUCACUUCAGCUCAUCUCAAAUACCCAUGAUUACAUGAUGAAGAGAUCACUUCAGCUCAUCUCAAAU